CCCUUUCUGCUUCCUACCACACACCUCAGCAACGAGCUAGCUAGCUCUCCGGAUAGCCAUCGGGACGCACAGAGAGGGAGAGAGAUACAGCGAUCGAUCGAUCUCACGCAGCUCUGCCGUUGAUCGGUUGAUCGUUCGGUCUGCAGUGAGCGAAUUACUAGCCGCGUGCAUUCGCCGGCCGCCGCCCGCCCGAUCGACGAUGUCGAGCCGGAGGUCGGCGCGCUCCUCCGUGUCGGAGGAGGAGAUCAACGAGCUCAUCUCCAAGCUCCAGUCCCUCCUCCCCAGCUCCCGCCGCCGCGGCGGCAACCAGGCGUCGACGACGAAGCUGCUGAAGGAGACGUGCAGCUACAUCAAGAGCCUGCACCGGGAGGUGGACGACCUGAGCGACCGGCUCUCCGACCUCAUGGCCGGCAUGGAUCACAACAGCCCCGGCGCCGAGAUCAUCCGCAGCCUCCUCCGCUAGCUACCUACCUGCAGCUCAUCUCAUCUCAUCAGUCUCACCACCUUCUUCUUCCUCGAUCCCUGAUCCUGAUCAUGUUCUGUCAGCACGUACAGGCCAAGAGAUAUAUGCAGCUCGUGCCUAUACCUUAAUAGCUACAUAUAUAUAUGUACAUGCAUACACAUAUGCAUGAUGCAUGCCAAGAUCUGAUCUAGCUAGCCAAACCUAUAGAUCUAUAGAUAUCUCGGUGUUCUUCAUAUGAAGACGCUAAUGAUGAUGAUGAUUAAGGCAUGCAGCUGGCUUGAUCGGUACUACUACUUCAGUUCACUUGAUCUGUAGGAGCAUUAGCUAGCUAGCUAGCUAGGGCCGGCUGCCUAAUUAAGUAAUUUAUUUACAGUAGCUGCUUGAUUAGCUCCAUGAUCACCCCCACCUGCAGCUUGAUCAUAUCGAUCUUCUCUCAUGUGAGUCAUGACAUGUUGGUUGAUUUGCUCAAUUAUUGAUUUCCUCAUCCUCUGCAGUAUA